AUGAAGCCUCCCCUUCUUCUAACAAUCCUUUGCCUCCUGGUGGCCGUGGCCGGCGGGAACCUGGUCCAGUUUGGGGUGAUGAUUGAGAAGGUGACAGGGAAGUCAGCACUGCAGUACAAUGACUAUGGCUGCUACUGUGGCAUUGGCGGCUCCCACUGGCCAGUGGACCAGACGGACUGGUGCUGCCAUGCCCACGACUGCUGCUAUGGGCGUCUGCAGAAGCUGGGCUGUGAACCCAAGCUGGAGAGGUAUCUUUUCUCCACCAGCCGGAGCAACGUCCUCUGUGGGGGCAGAACUGCCUGCCAGCGACAGACCUGCGAGUGUGACAAGACGGCUGCACUCUGCUUUCGUCAAAACCUGGACACCUAUGACCGCAAAUACGCCCACUACCCCAAUAAGCUGUGCAGAGGCCCCACUCCGCCCUGCUAA